GAGGAGGAUCAUAUUGUGAGUGAUCAGAGAUGCAGUUCUCCGUAGGCCUAUUUCUGAGCAGAGUUUUGAAUUAUUUGGAGGCGCUGAAGGAGCAGGGAUGAAACUGCAAUAGUCAAUGAAAGACGUAACAUAAGUGUUGACCAGGACUUCUGCACUGAGAGCAGGGAAGAGAAAGCACAGCAGGCCAUAACUCACUGUUCAACAACACAAGUAGGUAUGUCAGUACCAGGCUCUGGGGCCGACCCACUCACAACCAACCAGCCUGCUGUCUGUCGAGGAGCUGAGUUCAGCAUGGAUCAGAUGGACUACUCUCUAAGACCAGGAGUUUUCUGGACACUGCUUCUGAUUUUAUUCAACUCGACACCAUCAAACCAGGAGUGCAUCGCAGGGAAGCCCAUCGUGGACCCCCCCGGUCUGGUGGUGAAGUACGGAGACCCAGCCACAGCAACCUGUCGUACACCUUACGACGUGGACGUCAUAGGCUGGAAUGCAACAGUGGGAGCUGCAAGUGAAGAGAACACACAGCAGCUGGUCUGGACCGUGCCCAGCGUGACUGACUGGUCACUGGGCAGAGGCAUAACAUGUGUCACCAGUUCAAUGGAACAUGGGCAAUGCCAGACCCAUCUCCCUAUCACCAUUUACAAAAUUCCUGAGCGUGUGACCCUUGUCUUGUUAUACCCCCCUGUGCCACUGAUUGAGGGGAGGGUCUACACCCUCUACUGUAUGGUCCGCAACGUCGCCCCUCUCGCUAACCUCACCGUGAGGUGGUUCGGAGGAGACAAAGAAUGGGCGAACGCGGACAUCAUUUCGGUGGAGGGUGAAGAGGUCGCCAUGGUGAAGUUUCGCCUACUUAUCACAGCUUCCAGUGAGGACCACAGAGCCUCCUACAGUUGUGCUGCCCAACUGGAUCUGAACACAGCUGAGCCCAUUCCUGACACCAGAUCGAAUAGUGUCCUACUGGAAGUAUUGUAUAAACCCAGGGUGGUUAACGCCAGUAUGGAUGUGUCCCUCAAACCAGAGAGUAGGCUGGACCUGAUUUGUGAGGGUGAAGGCAACCCUAGCCCCUCGUAUCUAUGGAAACACAAUAGGGCAGUUUUGGCCAGUGAGAACAAAACAACUCUCUCGAUCGAGUCCGUCAGCUGGACCCACGCUGGAGUUUAUGAGUGCAUCAUCACUAACACUCAAGGAGACGUUACUGUCAGCAUUAAGGUCGAUGUUGAAGUGCCUUCUUUGACAGUCACUGGAGUCUUAGUGUGGAUAGCAGGGAUAGUAGCUGCGCUGGGCGUGGGAGUGGGCGUGGGCGCUGCCAUUGUCGAGUACCGGAGGACCAAGAGGGGCCACUACCAGCUGAGGAAGCACAGGGCCAGAAGCAAAGCUGUAGAGGCAACAGCACUGCAAGAGACAGCAGCUGUGGCUCAUCAUCAGGAGAAAGAGAAAGACUACAGACCCACCUGGCUCUGAAUACAAGAGAAAAUCACUGGGUUUUGAUUUUGUCUGUUUUGGGGGUUUUUUUUUGUCUGUUUGUCUGUUCAUGUUUUAGCACUUUGAGUUGUAUGUUUGAUGAAAUCUUUUCAUUUACAGUGUGACAGGAUGGUACAAGGAUAUGAUAUGAUGGGAUGGAAAGGAAAUUUAGCAGCAAGAAGGAGGAAUAAGCAAAAGACAGAGAGAAACAGAGAGAGAGAGAGACAGAGAAAGAAAGAGAAGACUCACUCCUUCAUGUAUAGCCUGUAUUUAGGCCUACAAAUAAAGAACAAAAUGGUCAUUAGUAUGCUGCAACUGAAAUCCAGCUUCCUAGCCAUGAAAGAAGGGAAAUGCACAUAUUCUGUUUGUUAAUAUGAGUCGUUGUGCUUUCCUUAAUGGCUAUGAGAAUUAAAAAAUAUUUGUUUUUAUUAUUCAUUUCUAACCAACAUUUCACUUUGGAACAUCUCAACGAGAAUGAAAACAC